CAGGACAGCCUCAGUCUCUCAGGACAGAACGUACCCACCAUGGCAAAACCACUCACCGACCAGGAGAAACGCAAGCAGAUCAGCAUCAGGGGGAUUGUGGGAGUGGAGAAUGUUGCAGAGCUGAAGAAGGGCUUCAAUCGUCACCUGCACUUCACUCUGGUGAAAGACAGAAACAUUGCAACACCCAGGGAUUAUUACUUUGCCCUGGCCCACACUGUGAGAGAUCACCUGGUGGGGAGAUGGAUAAGAACACAGCAGUUUUACUAUGAAGCAGACCCAAAGAGGGUGUAUUAUCUGUCACUGGAGUUCUACAUGGGCCGGACGCUGCAAAACACCAUGAUCAAUCUGGGGCUGCAGAAUGCCUGCGAUGAAGCAAUCUAUCAGCUUGGCCUGGAUAUGGAGGAGCUGGAGGAGAUGGAGGAGGAUGCAGGUCUGGGAAACGGAGGUCUGGGCAGACUGGCAGCAUGCUUCUUGGAUUCGAUGGCCACCUUGGGUCUUGCAGCCUACGGUUAUGGCAUUCGAUAUGAAUAUGGAAUCUUUAACCAGAAGAUAAGAGACGGCUGGCAGGUGGAGGAGGCAGAUGAUUGGCUGAGGCAUGGAAACCCCUGGGAGAAAGCACGUCCUGAGUACAUGUUGCCGGUUCACUUCUAUGGACGAGUAGAGGAGACGAAGGAUGGCUCCAAAUGGGUGGACACUCAGGUGGUCCUGGCGAUGCCCUACGACACGCCCAUCCCUGGCUACAUGAACAACACUGUGAACACCAUGAGGUUGUGGUCUGCCCGAGCCCCCAACGACUUUAACCUGAGAGACUUUAAUGUUGGAGAUUACAUCGAGGCUGUUCUGGACAGAAAUCUGGCAGAGAACAUCUCUCGUGUCCUCUAUCCCAACGACAAUUUCUUUGAAGGAAAAGAACUUCGUCUGAAGCAGGAAUACUUUGUCGUGGCCUCCACACUCCAAGACAUCAUCCGUCGCUUCAAGACCACAAAGAAGGGCGUUCCUGGUCGCACAUCCUUCGAAAGCUUCCCAGAUAAAGUUGCCAUCCAGCUGAAUGACACUCACCCGGCCAUGGCCAUCCCUGAGCUGAUGAGAAUCUUUGUGGACAUUGAAAAACUCGACUGGGACACGGCCUGGGAUCUCACCAAGCGUACCUUUGCCUACACCAACCACACGGUCCUCCCCGAGGCUCUGGAGCGCUGGCCUGUGGAGCUGCUGGAGAAGCUGCUGCCCAGACACCUGCAGAUCAUCUACCAGAUCAACCAGAACCACCUCAACACGAUUGCAGCCCUCUAUCCAGAUGACAUGGACAAACUGAGGAAAAUGUCUCUGAUUGAAGAGGACGGAUGCAAGAGGGUGAACAUGGCGCAUCUGUGCAUUGUGGGAUCUCACGCUGUUAACGGAGUUGCUGAGAUACACUCCAACAUCAUAAAGACUGAUGUUUUCCGUAACUUCAGUGAUCUUGAACCAGAGAAGUUUCAGAACAAGACCAACGGCAUCACUCCCAGACGCUGGCUGCUGCUCUGCAACCCCGGACUGGCUGAGCUCAUAGCUGAGGCGAUUGGGGAGGAUUAUGUGAAGGACCUGAGCCAGCUACAGAAGCUGAAUGACUUUGUUGACCAUGCUGCCUUCAUCCGUGAUGUCUCUAAAGUGAAACAGGAUAACAAGGUGAAAUUUGCCCAGUACCUGGAGAAAGAGUACAGAGUGGAAAUAAACCCGUCGUCCAUGUUCGACGUCCAUGUGAAGCGAAUCCACGAGUAUAAGAGGCAGCUCCUCAACUGCCUGCACAUCAUCACCAUGUACAACCGCAUCAGAAUGAACCCCACUGCACCUUUUGUACCUCGAACAGUGAUCAUCGGGGGCAAGGCUGCUCCUGGGUAUCACAUGGCGAAGAUGAUCAUCAAGCUGAUCACUGCAGUAGGUGAUGUGGUGAAUAAUGACCCUGUGGUGGGAAACAAGCUGAAAGUCAUCUACCUGGAGAACUACAGGGUCUCUCUGGCUGAGAAAGUGAUACCUGCCACAGAUUUGUCAGAGCAGAUCUCCACAGCCGGCACUGAAGCUUCAGGAACAGGCAACAUGAAGUUCAUGCUGAACGGAGCGCUCACCAUCGGCACCAUGGACGGAGCCAACGUGGAGAUGGCCGAGGAGGCUGGAGAGGAGAACCUCUUCAUCUUCGGCAUGCGGGUGGAGGAUGUGGCUGAAAUGGACAAAAAGGGAUAUGAUGCCAUGUCUUACUACAAGAAGCUCCCAGAGCUGAAACAAGUGAUGGACCAGAUCACAAGUGGAUAUUUCAGCCCCAAAAAUCCAGACCUGUUCAAGGAUCUUACGAACAUGCUCUUCAAACAUGACCGUUUCAAAGUAUUUGCAGACUAUGAAGACUAUAUGAAAUGCCAAGCGAAAGUCAGCAAACUCUAUCAGAAUCCAGUCGAGUGGACGAAGAUGGUGAUCAAGAACAUCGCAGCAACAGGAAAGUUUUCCAGUGACAGAACCAUCGCAGAGUACGCCACAGAGGUCUGGGGGGUCGAGCCGACCGACCUGAAGAUCCCACCUCCAAACGAGCCCAGAGAGGCCUUCGAGGAAACCGCCAGAGCUCUGAAGAAGUAGUGAGGUUGUUUGACAACCGAAAGGCUGCUUUCAUGUUUACAGUGUAGUGCCUGUUCGCCUGUGCCUUCAAGUUACUCUUCAUUGAACUCUUUCAAGAAGGUCUGCACACGUCUUCAUUUUUUCUUUAUUGUUAAAGCGCUUGCAUUGAUACACGUCUGUUACACCCUUCAGCUCCAACACAUGCAGUUAAACCAAAUCAUCAUGGAGAGAGAGAGAGAGAGAGAGAGAGAGGUCAAAUACUUGCAAACAAUUUUCUAAUAUUGAACAUUCCUGGAGUACAGGAUGGGUGGAGGGGGGCUUUCUGCAUUUGAAGAAUUUAGUAGGAUGUCAGGAACAGAGCAGCUGACUGAACUGAAUUUUUAAUUACAUUCCUGUGAGUAUGUUGUGUGCACUGUGUGACAAUGCCUGUCUAUUCUGCAGGCAGGUUUAAACAAAUGCUAACAUGUUAUUUGCUGAUCUUACUCGACCCCAUUCAUGUCACAUUGUUUCUCUCUCUUUCAAUAUAACUUGUCAUAGGGAAAAAAAUAUGAGCACUUUUCAUUGCUGAUAUACAGUAUUUCUUCAAAGUUUUGAAAUAAAAUAUUAAUAUAUAAUGA